AUGAUGAUGCGCCGUUUGAUGAUUGCUUCGCCUGUCGCGCGCCGCGUGACAGUUGCGGUUCCCUCGUCUACGUCACUGGUGGUGCGUAGGGCGUCGACUGUCGCUAUUUCUGUGCAGGGUCUGCACUACGUCGGCACUGGCCUUGCCGCCAUUGCGCUUGCGGGUGUUGGCCUCGGCAUUGGUACCAUUUUUGGCAACCUGCUUGUCGCCUGCGCGCGCCAGCCGAACCUAACGAAGAUGCUGUUCAACUACGCCAUUCUUGGAUUUGCCCUGACGGAGGCUAUCGGUCUGUUUGCCCUCAUGCUUGCCUUCCUGAUGCUCUUCUCAUAG